AUGGAGGCCGUGCCCCGCAUGCCCAUGAUCUGGCUCGACCUCAAGGAAGCCGGGGAGUUCGCCUUCAACGCUGCCGUCAAGAAGUUUGUCCUGAAGAACUAUGGGGAGAACCCAGAGAACUACAACGACGAGCUGCGGAAGCUGGAGCUGCUCCGGCAGAGCGCCGUCAACGUGCCCAGGGACUUCGAGGGCUGCAGCACGCUGCGGAAGUACUUCGGCCAACUCCACUACCUGCAGAGCCGCAUCCCCAUGGGUGCCGAGCAGGAGGCAGCGGUCCCCAUCGCAUGGACUGAGAUCUUCUCAGGCAAGACGGUGACACAUGAGGACAUCAAGUACGAGCAGGCGUGCAUCCUCUACAACCUGGGUGCGCUGCACUCCAUGCUGGGCGCCAUGGACAAGAGAGUAUCCGAGGAGGGCAUGAAGGUUUCCUGCACCCAUUUCCAGUGCGCCGCCGGGGCGUUUACGUACCUGCGGGAUCACUUCCCCCACUCCUACAGCGUAGACAUGAGCCACCAGAUCCUCAACCUCAACAUCAACCUCAUGCUGGGCCAGGCACAGGAGUGUCUCCUGGAGAAGUCCAUGCUGGACAACAGGAAGAGUUUCCUCGUGGCCCGGAUCAGCGCCCAGGUGGUGGAUUACUACAAAGAGGCCUGCCGAGCGCUGGAAAACUCGGAGACAGCCUCGCUGCUGGGAAAGAUCCAGAAGGACUGGAAGAAACUGGUUCAAAUGAAGAUCUAUUAUUUUGCUGCUGUGGCCCAUCUGCACAUGGGAAAACAGGCCGAGGAGCAGCAGAAGUUUGGGGAAAGGGUCAUCUACUUCCAGAGCGCUCUGGAUAAACUCAAUGAAGCUAUCAAGCUGGCAAAGGGCCAGCCAGAAACAGUCCAGGAAGCCCUGAGAUUCACCAUGGAUGUGAUCGGCGGCAAGUACAAUUCGGCCAAAAAGGACAAUGACUUCAUCUACCACGAAGCUGUGCCUGCGCUGGACACCCUGCAGUCUGUGAAAGGUGCCCCGUUGGUGAAAGCCCUCCCCGUCAACCCCACGGAUCCAGCUGUCACCGGCCCCGAUAUAUUUGCCAAGCUGGUCCCCAUGGCUGCCCACGAGGCCUCUUCCCUGUACAGCGAGGAGAAGGCCAAACUGCUGAGAGACGUGAUGGCAAAGAUCGAAGCCAAGAACGAAGUGCUGGACCAGUUCAUGGACUCCAUGCAGCUGGACCCCGAGACCGUGGACAACCUGGAUAUGUACAGCCACAUCCCCCCGGUCCUGAUGGAGAAAUGCGCCGCGCUCAGCGUGCGCCCUGACACCGUCAAGAACCUCGUCCAGUCCAUGCAGGUGCUCUCCGGGGUCUUCACCGAUGUGGAGGCUUCCCUGAAGGAGAUCCGAGACCUCCUCGAGGAGGACGAGGCUCAGGAGCGAAAGCUGCAGGAGCUGCUUGGGAAGGUCCCACCGUCCCAGGGGUCCCCCCCACCGCCGUCCCCCGGGCUGGCCGAGGUCAGCAAGGAGUGCUCCAAGUACAUGGAGGUGCACGAGAAGGCCAGCUUCACCAACACCGAGCUCCACAAAGCCAUGAACCUGCACAUCGGCAACCUCCGCCUGCUCAGCGGGCCGCUGGAGCAGGUCCGGGCCGCGCUGCCCUCGCCCGCCUUGACCGAAGACGACAAGCAGGUGCUGCAGAACCUGAAGCGAAUCCUGGGCAAGGUGCAGGAGAUGAGGGACCAGCGGAUGUCCCUGGAGCAGCAGCUGCGCGAGAUGAUCCAAAAAGACGAUAUCACCACCUCGCUGGUCACCACUGACCGCUCUGAGAUGAAGAAACUCUUUGAGGAGCAGCUGAAGAAGUACGACCAGAUCAAGGUCUACCUGGAGCAGAACCUGGCCGCCCAGGAGAACGUCCUGAAGGCCCUGACGGACGCCAAUGUCAAAUACGCGGCUGUGCGCAAGGCCCUGGCCGAGGUGGAGCACAAGUGGAACACCACAGUUCAGACCCUGGUGGCCUCCUACGAAGCCUACGAGGACCUGAUGAAGAAAUCGCAGGAGGGGAAGGACUUCUACACCGACCUGGAAGGGAAAGCCGCCAAACUGCUGGAGAAGGCUCGGGCCGCCUGCCAAGCCGCCGAGGCCAACAGGCAGCAGAUCUUGGAGAAGGAGAUGAAGAAGCAGCCGCCCCCUCGGCCCACGGCCCCCAAACCCGCCCUGCAGAAGAAGCCGCCGGAGCUGGAAGCCGGGGGGCUGGACGCCGGCGACCUGCCGCCGCUGGGCUCCCUGGUGCUGUCGGAGCUGCCGGAGGAGCUGCGCAGCCUGCCGCCCGACGUGCUGGCCGGGCACCUGGCCCGCCUGCCGCCCCCCACGCUGGCCGCCCUCGCCCUCAACCCGGCCCUGGCCACCGGGCUGCGGCCCCCCGGCCCCGAGCCCUUCCUGCCCGCGGCCAGGCUGGGCAGCGCCCCGCUGCAGCCCUUCGCCCCUGCCCGCUUCCCGGGGCCCCCUGCCCUCCCCGGGCACUACCAUCUGCCGGCAGCACCCACCUCAGCGCCGGGCCCCUUUCCCCCCGCCGCGGGGGCCCCGGUGCAGCUCCUGCAGCCCUCCGCCCCACAGGUGGCUGGCCCCCCCCCCAGCUCGGCCCCCUCCGCUGCCCCCCAGCUCUUCCCGGCCGCCCCACUGAUGCGAGCCCCGGUGCAGCCCAGCUACAUGGGGCCGCACAUGCUUCCCCCACGCUCGUCCCCGCAGCACGGCCCCCUGCCCGGCUCUGCUCCCGCUCCCGCUGCCUCCUACGGCCUGGGCCAGCCCGGGGUGCCCACGCCCGGCCCCCUCAGACCCCCCGCCCUGGGGCCGGCCCCCAUGGGUGCCCAGCCGCUGGCGGGUGGCCCCGAGUCGGCCCCAGGUGCCCGGCCGGCCACCACCACGGUGGAUAGCAUCCAGGCCCCCAUCUCCAGCUGCACUGCUCCCCCGCGGCUCCCCGGCCAGGGGCCGGCUGUGCCCCCAGGCCCCUUCCUGGCCCCGCAGCGCCCUGGGGGCCCCCCUGCCCCCUUCCCCUAUGCCCAGGGGGGGCUGCAGCCCUUCGGGCAGCCAGCUCAGCACCCCUUUCCUCCCGGGCAGCACCCGCGCACCUUCGCCCCCGCAGCACAGCUCCAGCCUGGCAUGGAGCUGCCCGCCCGUGCCCAGGGCCCCCAGCAGUUCCCCCCAACCCCCUUUCUGCCCCCCGGGAGAGCCCAGGUCCCGCUGCCUUUCCAGCCGCCCGCCCGGCCCCCGCUGCCCCCCCAGACCCAGUUUGCCCAGCAGCCCUUUGCCGGCCCUGGGGGGCAGCUGCCGGGGCAGCCCCCCCUGCCACCGCAGCUCUACCAGCUCCCGGGGCAGGACAAGCUGCCCCCCCAGGGGCUCGCCCCGCACACGGGGGCCCUGCCCUUCCCCAGGACCCCCGGCCAGAACGGCCCCCCCACGCAGCCCCUGCACGCCGCGCUGGGGGGGCUGCAGCCGGUGCCCACCAGCUCCCCCGCUCUGCCCUUCUGCCCCAGCCCUGGCCCCCCCAACAGCCAGGUGCCCCCCGGCACCAUGGCCCUGGGCCCCCCUCCGCCCGCCCCUGCCAGCCAGGCUGGCCCCCACCACGUCACCCCCUCUCCCAGCCCCGGCCUGAGCCAGAUACAGGGCGCGGUGGUGGUCCAGGGCCCCCUCGUCCCCUCCCCGGCCCCCUCCCCGCAGCCGGCCUUGCCCAUGCAGCCACCAGCGCUGGUGCCCGGCUCCGGCAGCCUGCCGCAGAGACCCCCGCCCUCGCUGACACCGGGCACGGCCCCGCUCCCCCAGGGCCCCGGCGAGGCCCCCUUCCAGCGGCAGAGCUCCUCCACCGACGACCUCCUGUCCUCCAGCCCCGAGAGCCAGCACGGCGGCUCCAAGGCGGCCGUCGGCCAGCCCCUGCUGCAGCCCACCAAGGCGGACGCCAAGGAGGGGCAGAAGCCCAAGGCGGUGCAGCUGAUCGAGAACGAUCCCUACGAGAAGCCGGAGCGCGUCCUGCGGCUGCUGGCAGAGCUCGACCGCUUCCGUGGGCUGGUGGAGCGGCUGGAGCGCCCGGGGCCUGGCGGCACCGCUGAGCUGGAUGCCGUCUGGAAGGAGCUGCAGGACGCCCAGGAGCGGGAUGCCCGGCAGCUCUCCAUCGCCAUCGCCCGCUGCUACUCCAUGAAGAACCGGCACCAGGACAUCAUGCCCUACGACAGGAACCGUGUGGUCCUCUGCUCGGGCAAGGACGACUACAUCAACGCCAGCAGGGUGGAGGACCUCUCGCCUUACUGCCCCACCAUCAUCGCCACCCAGGCCCCGCUGCUGGGCACCGCCGCCGACUUCUGGCUGAUGAUCUAUGAGCAGAAGGUCUCAGUCAUCGUCAUGCUGGUGUCGGAGCAGGAGCUGGACAAGAAGGUGCUGCGGUACUUCCCCCCGGAGCGGGGCCAGCCCGUGGUGCAGGGAGCCAUCACCCUCGUCCUCACCAGCCUGAAGGUCGCCCCCACCCACGUGGAGAGGAUGAUCACGCUGCAGUACCGCGACCAGAGCCUCAAGCGCACCGUCGUCCACCUCCAGUUCACCUCCUGGCCAGAGCUGGGUCUGCCUGACAGCAAGGGGAGCCUCCUCCGCUUCAUCCAGGAGGUGCACGGCCACUACCUGCACCAGCGCCCGCUCCACACCCCCGUCGUCGUGCACUGCAGCUCCGGGGUGGGCCGCACUGGGGCCUUCUGCCUGCUCUACGCGGCCAUGCAGGAGGUGGAGGCGGGCAACGGCAUCCCCGACUUGGCCCAGCUGGUCAAGCGGAUGCGGCAGCAGCGCAAGCACAUGCUCCAGGAGAAGCUCCACCUCAAGUUCUGCUACGAGGCCGUCCUGCUGCACGCCGAGCAGGUGCUGCACCGCCACGGCGUGGGUGGCCCUGCUGUCCCCAAGGCCACCAACAGUGCCUCCCCCAAGCUCUACUUCCACCAGGACCCCCAGGACCUGGUCCUGGGGGGGGACAUGCCCAUCAGCUCCAUCCAGGCCACCAUUGCCAAGCUCAGCAUCAAGCCGGCGGGGGCCAGCGGGGAGCUGGGGGGAGGCUGGGUGCCGGAUCCUGCCCCCCUGCCGGAUGCGGCCGACACGGAGGUGCUGCCGGUGCCGCCCGACGGUGUGAUGGAUGGUGUUGGUGCCCCCAUCCCUGAGCCGCCCCCACUGGGGCCGUCCCUCCCUGAGCCGUCCGGUGAUACCGAGAGCAGCAACCACGGGAUGGAGAGCCCCGAGGUCCCUGGGGGGGAGCCGGCGGCCCCCCCUGCCGCCCUCCUCCUCCUCGCUGGAGCUGCUGGCCUCCCUCACCCCGGAGGCCUUCACCCUGGACGCCUCCCUCAAGGGCAAGCAGCGGAUGAACAAGCAGAACUUCCUGCAGGCGCAGACGGGCGAGGGCCUGCGGGGGCCCCGGCCCAGCGACGACCCCCUCAGCAUGCUCGACCCCCUCUGGACACUCAACAAGAUGUGAGGGGGGUGGCGGACCCUGCUCCCCCUGCGCCACAUUGUUUGACUCCAGAUAGAACUGACUUUUUCAGCUCUUUGCUACUAAAAUAAAUAGAGUUUGAUCUGCG